UGAUCUAUAAAAUAUCCCCAUCUUGUAAAUCCUUUCAUCUCGACAUCAGCUUUGAGAGCAGGCAACAUGCGUUUCAUAUUGAGCCUCAUCAUCUGCCUGGCUGCCUUCUACAAAGGAGAAUCAGUGGACCACAGUGGUAGUGACGCCAACUGCCCCAUCAACAUCAAAGUGCUUAACGCGGUCAAUGGAACCCCAGCAGCAAACCUUCAUAUGCAAAUUUACCGACGAAAUGCAGACCUCAGUUGGCACCAAUUUAACACCGGAGUUACAGGAAUUAAUGGAGAAGUCCAUAAUCUGAUCACUGAGGCAGAUUUUAUUCCAGGAAUGUACAAGAUUCACUUCAACACCGCUGAUUAUUGGAGGAACUUGGGAUACACCCCUUUUCAUGAAUGCGUUAAUGUGAUUUUCCGUGUAGAUGAAUCCACUCAUCAACACUACACUCUUGCACUUCUGCUGAGUCCUUACUCCUAUUCCACCACGGGAAUGAUCAGAAACCCACAUUAGACCAACAGAACCAUUUCCACACACCCCGACUUCAGAUCAAAAUGGCAAGUCGCAAGGAAGGAAACUACAAACUAUUUAACAAGUGGUCAAAGUUUUGUUGGUGAAUCAUUGCCAAAUAUUUAAACUAUGAUUGUCGUAGCUCUUAAUUAUUUUUGAUUGAGAAACUGCACAAUAAAAGUACAUCUUCCGAGCUAAAAUGUUAUCUAUUGUUAAUA